AUGGCGGCUCCCACUCAUACCCUCACGACCUACUACUUCGACUCUUCCACUCAGAGCUUCGGCACAAAGACGACCGAGAAAAGCCUGGGAUACAACGACGUCCUCAUCAGAACCACACACUCCGGCAUCUGCUUCACAGACGUCCACGCCAAGUCCAAGCACUGCGGUCUCGGACACGAAGGCAUCGGCUUCAUCGCAGCAAUCGGCCCCGCGGUCAAACAUUUCCGUGUCGGUGAUCGCGUCGGCUGGGGAUGGCUGCAUACCUCCUGCGGCCACUGCACCACCUGCCUCACCGGCUAUCGCCAAUACUGCGCCUCCGCGCGAGGCUUUGCGUUUUCCGAUCUGGACCAGGGAGCGUUUGGGGAUUUCCGGAUUCUGGACGCCGACUUCGUGUAUCCGAUUCCAGAGCGGAUUGCGUCGGAAGAUGCGGCGCCGCUGAUGUGUGCUGGGGCGUCGGUGUUUGAGGCUCUGGAUGCCGCUGGGGCCAAGGCGGGGGAUCGGAUUGGCGUUGUGGGCAUCGGCGGGUUGGGACAUAUUGGGAUUCUGUUUGCCAAGGCGAUGGGGUGUGCGGUGACGGCUAUUUCCAACAGUGAAGGAAAAGUUGCAGAUGCUUUUGCUCUCGGGGCGGAUGAAUUUCGACAUGCCGCAAGACUGGACCAUGGGACCGCUUUGGGAGGCGACAUCCGCGAUGACCCCAUUCCGAUGGAUAUCAACAUCCUCCUCAUCACCUCCAACGCCGUUCCCGAUCUCGAAAAACUCCUCCCGCUCCUCGCGAGGAGGGCGACGAUUGUGCUCAUGACCAUCCAACUGGAGCCUCUCACGAUUCCGUACAUGCCCUUCGUCCUGCCGGGGCAUCGUCUCAUUGCUUCCACGGAAGCCUCGAGGGAGAAUCAUCUCAAAAUGCUGAACUUCGUGGCAGGAGGAGGAGGAGGAGAGGGGGUGAGGGUGAGGCCUUGGAUUGAGAAAUUCGAAAUGAGCGAGCAGGGUGUGAGGGAGGCUUUUGAGAGGCUGGAGAGUGGGAAGAUGAGGUAUCGGGGUGUCUUGGUUAGGGGUUGA